UCCUUAUCUUGAAGGUGAGUGCACAUUGGUAGGGACACGAUGGCGCUCCACGACGCUUCCGUUCUCAUAAUUGCUGUUCUUGGAGUUCUUACCCAAGAUGCUGUGCAUGGGGACCAGCGAGCUGCUCAUGCUAUGUUUGACAAAUCCUCGUACAGCGGCAACGGAGAAACAAAAUACUUCUGGAGAUCUGAGGCACAGACAGCAUUGCAAGAUUCUCUGAAAAACCAACCCGUUGUUGGGGUAGCCAAAAACGUCAUCAUUUUCCUUGGUGACGGAAUGGGCGUUUCCACGGUAACCGGAGGUCGUAUUCUCAAAGGUCAACUACAGAACAAAACAGGGGAGGAAACUGUUCUGUCGUGGGAGAAAUUCCCCAAUGUGGCUCUUUCAAAGACUUACAACCAAGACCAUCAGACCCCCGACUCAGCGGGAACAGCCACCGCCUACCUCUGUGGGGUAAAGACUAACCUGGGAACUAUAGGGGUCGACGCCCAAAUAGUCCGUGGACAUUGCGAUACCACCCAGGCUGCUAAAAUCACAUCCAUUUUAGAUUGGUCACUUGCUGAAGGUAAGUCCGUCGGCGUCGUGACCACUACUAGGGUGACCCAUGCCACUCCGGCGGGGACCUACGCCAACACGGCCGAGAGAAACUGGGAGGGGGAUUCCGACAUGACCCAUGUGACUGGCGGAUGUAAGGAUAUUGCUCUUCAGCUGAUUGAAGAAAACCCGGACAUACAGGUAAUCAUGGGAGGUGGGAGAAGAUUCUUUCUUCCAGCUGACGCCACAGAUCCAGAACGAGGCUCCAAUACUGCUCACGGAAGACUUGAUGGAAGAAAUCUAAUAGACGAAUGGAUGAAUGAUAAGAAGAGAAGACACAAAUCGUAUCGAUAUGUCUGGAAUGAGACAGAUUUUAACACGGUAGACCCUGCUCAGACCGACUUUCUUUUAGGUUUGUUCGAAUCCAGCCACAUGCAAUACGAUAUAGAUCGUAACGACCCUCACUAUGAAAAAGCCGGAGAACCCCACAUCAAGGACAUGACCGAGAAGGCCAUUCAAAUCUUGUCCAAGAACCCGAAAGGAUAUUUCCUCCUCGUAGAAGGCGGUAAAAUUGAUCUUGCCCACCAUGGGAGCAGGCCGGUGAGAUCGUUGCAUGAUGUGGUGGCGAUGGACCUUGCGGUAGACAAGGCGGCGUCCGUCACCAAUAACCAGGACACCUUGAUAGUGGUCACCGCCGACCACUCCCAUACUUUUGUUAUCUCGGGAUACCCACAUCGAGGAAACGGAAUAUUUGAUCUGAUGUCAAGCAGACCCGGUUACAUUUCGCUGGCAAAGGACCAUAAUCCUUACACUACCCUGUUGUACGGGAACGGCCCUGGGGCCCAUUCCACGCGCGCAGAUCUACGCAACGUGGACACAACGAGUAAGCACUACACAUACCAGUCGGCCAUUCCUCUGUCAGCGGAAACCCACGGCGGCGAAGACGUCGCUAUUUUUGCCCGAGGACCAAUGGCGCACCUGUUUCACGGAGUGCGUGAACAGAACUACAUUCCUCACGUGAUGGCGUACGCCUCGUGUGUCGGCGAUUAUAAUGCACACAGCCAUUGUGCAGCCAGUGCUACCCACCACAGCACAGCAACCUCUAAUAUAUUUGGCUAAUUUUUUUUUAUUUACUUCAUUAAAGUUUAUUAUGAUUUCUUA